AUGAGUAACGGCACCCCAGUCCCUAAUCUCAGCGCCGUUGACGCCUUUGCGCGCGCCCUCUUCCGCCGCGCAAAGACGGCCGGCCCAGAAUUUGCAGACAUCGCAACCGUCGUCCGCCGCUUGCAUACAGUCCUUAAGCACCUAAAAGUCGAAGCAGAGGACCCGGACUCGCUCCUCAACUCUGGCACUGGCGCUGCCGUAUACACCCGCCAGCUGACUCCUCUUGUUGAGGACUGUGACUUCACCCUCAAGCAGCUCGACACCAUCAUCGAAAAGUAUGGCGGUGUCGACAGGCUCGAGGGCCGUGAGCGUGAUAUGGUCGCCAUGAUCCGCACUAAGCUUGCUGAUCAAAAGACAAACAUCGACAUGUUCCUCGACACCAUCCAGCUGCACAACCCCACAAAGGCCCAACGUGUUGUCGACGAGCAGGGUGGUAACCUUGACGCCAUCAAGGACAAGGUGGACGCCAUUGCUGCGAGACUGUUCGCCCGGAGAGACAGCGGCAUCGGCGACGACGAUGAGGACCUAUGGCAGCAGUUCAGGACUGAACUGGAGAAGGAGGGCUUUUCCAAGGAAGUUUUGAGGAAAAACAAGGAGGUUCUACGCGCUUACAUCCGCGAGUUGGAGGAAUCAACUGGAAACGACGCAACGGCACCCCCGUCUGUCCGCGGCCUGCUCGCUCAAGAACGCGCCCACCCGCACCCAGCCAUGGCCUUCACCCCGGCGUCCUACCCUGACGGCGGCGAGACCUAUGGCUCCCUCGACGCCCGGGGCAACCGCCGCAUGGCCGACCCGCGCUCCUCCGUCCCGAACAUGCCAAACCAGUACAGCACCCUGUCGACUUAUGAGCAUGACACGGACGACGAGCACAACGACUCGCUCGCCCUCAUCUCCACCCGCGACCUCAUGGCCAUGGACAACCUCAAUACCGGCAUGGAUAACCUUCGCCUAUCCACUGCACCCCUCCAAAACUAUAGCAUUUCCCCCUCGUCCGCCUCCCCGUCAUCCCGCUAUCUGCCCCCGGAUGUAGCCGCAGUUCGCGCGGCCGCAGAAUUCUCCUCCUCUCCAACAAGCAACACCGGCGUCUCCCCUCGCUUCGUCCCACCUAUCCCGUUCCCUAACGGCGGGCCUCCCCCCACCUCCUAUGGCGCCUCCCCACGGACCUCAGCCAGCCGUCUAGCUCCGGACCGCUACGGCAUGGACAUCCCGCUCGAGGCAAAAUGGACACGCAUUCGCCGCGCCCUCGUCUCCCCCGAGGUCCUGGAGCGCGCAGGCGUCCGCUAUGAGGCACGGCCAGAUUACGUCGCAAUCCUAGGUGUGCUCUCACGCGAAGAAAUCACAAAUUAUGCCCGUCUCUCUGCCGAAGCCCGCGCAGCUCGCUCCCGUGGCAGGCCAAACGGCAACGGGACCAACACAAGCCCGACUUCACAUCCCCGUCGACGCGGCGACUCCCGUGGUGCCUCCUCCUCGUCAGACGACAUCCUCUGGGAUUCAUCUGAUGCAUCUUCAGAAGCAAGCAACGAUGACAGAAAGGGCAACAAGACAUAUUACAUCGUUCCGCCGCCGUCAGACAAGGAAAAGGGCACUUCCCCCGCGGCGACGGUACAGCCAAAGCCGAUUCUCAAGAAUAAGAAUGAGAACCAUGUGCGCUUCGACCCGGAGCCGCACGAGGUCGAGCCUCAGUCUUCCUCGCCGCGUUCAUACCGUGAUGAGAAGGACAGGAGACGACGGCCAUCGCGUAGGGAUCACGACCGAGAGCGGGAGCGAGACCGUGAUCGUGAUCACCGCGAUCGUGACCGUGAUCGAGAUCGAGAACGAGACCGCGAUCGCGACCACCGUGACCACCGCGACAGGGACAGAGACAGAGACCACUACCCGCGCCGCCACCACCGUGAGCGUUCUGACCGCGAAAGGCGGGACAAGAAGAAGGCAUGGGGCGAGACGCUAGGUGCGGUAGGUAUUGGUGGCGCAGCAGCAAGUCUGCUCAGCGUCCUUACGGAAGCCGCUUCUGUUUUGUAG